AGAAAUGGCAUCCUUGGAUCACCUCAAACUAUUUCGCCGAUUAUUUAACAUAAGAAGAACAUGUUUGCGAACAUAUGCAAGAAAAAGUGCCACAGGAUCCUCUGGUUCACCUGAGAAGGACAUUUCCUCAGCUUCCUCCCCGCCCUCAUCAGGUGGUGGUGGUGGUGGUGGUGGUGGUGGUAGGCCAACAUUUGUUCCGAAACGCGACCCUCUACCAACAUUUCUUCAGAGGAAGGUACAAGAAAUUCUACUAAAGAUAUCCCGGCUAAAUAUGGAAGAUGUUGUCAGGAUGCGUAAAACAGAUCGUCAUCAGAAACCUCGUUAUGAGUUAAUGUCAGAAGAGGAAUUGAAAGAGUUGGAAGUUACACAGAUGGAAAGGGCAGUAGAAUUGCUGAAAAUGCCACCAUUCAUGAAAGAAAAAGACUCAACUACGAAAGUCUUGUCAAAAAACCCUGAGAUUGCUCCAGCUCUAACGUCAAAAUAUGUGUUUACCGACAUCUCACUUGGAGUAGGAAAUCGGGAUAGAAUUAUUGUCAUUCGAGAUGUAGACGGUACACUAAGGACUGCUAAUCCUGAAGAACGAAUACGGGCUAAUCAGAUUUACUACCCGAAGUUUGGAGUUUCUGCUGUGCCUCCAAAAAUGUUUGAGCAAAGUCAUUUAGAGUACCUGCUGGAAAAUGGCUUGACCGAUAUCGUCUACAUCCUUGACAGAGUGUGUGUCCAGUUUGAGCCAGAUGACAAAGACUUUAUCAGAGUAACUCAGACCAUUUAUGAGUACGUCAAAGAGAAUAGAUGUUUUAGCAAAUUGGGGUCAACACGAUUCUUUGGACCAAUGGCUUUCUACUUCAUUCUAAAGAAAGAUAUUCAAUAUCUAUUAGUGGACAUGAUACAACAUGAUUUACUCCUUGAUGCUGUCAGUUUAAUUCAUUUGUACAAGUACAUCCACAAUAGGGAGAAAAUUACUAUACCUCAAGACAUCUCCACAGAUACAGAAGACCAGUUAAAGAUAAUAGAGAAAUACUGUGAAACAUACCACCAAGAACAGCAAUUGGAUGACUUAAAGGAAGCAGUGAAGUCAUACCGGCUGUCCAUUACUGACCAGGCUAGGGCCUCUGGCUGAUGAUCCCAUGUUGUAUAUAUGUGUGUGCAAGUGCGUGAAAGUUAUCAAUGUAGACUGUGAAUAUCAUGUGAAAAUAAAAUAUGUUGAUAGAU